AUGAUUCUUAAGAAAGAGGAAACGGAAUCCAAAAUCGACAUAUCGAAGAAAGAAAGUCGCGUUGGCUGUCGGUUCGGUCGGCAUUUCAGAGCACAAGGCAUUGAUAUUCGCCAAGCACCUUCGAUGCAUGCUUCGUCGUCUUCAGCACGUCGUAUCGCUCCAGUUGCUGCCGAUCGGGAAAAGAGUGAUCACAUGGAUGGAAUGUGUGAUAGACGGUUGGAGGGUAUCGGAGACUACCAGUCAUCGUGUUCAAGACUCUUCGGGCGGGUUGUCCAUGGAAUAGGAGGUGGUCGUGUAUCGGACCCAGUGCCCAUGAAACGAGUCCUAACCAACGUCAUCAAGAAACGCCUGCACCUGGCCAUCUUCUUGUGAAACCUCUGAGAGGUGAUCCUAUAAGUCCUUAUAACCAACCCCAUCAAGAAACGCCUGCACCUGGC